AUGAAGUCACUCGAAUACCAAGAUGACUUGGAUCUUGAAGCCCGUGGGUAUCGCCGUGAAAUGCCCCGGCAGUUCUCAACAUUCAGUCUUGUUGCUCUCUCAUUCAGUCUAACGUGCACCUGGUCAGGUACUGGCUCGUCAAUUGGUAUCUCUCUGCAGGAAGCCUCCGCAGCAGGCACUAUAUGGUCGCUUCCAGUGGCCGCUCUAAUGACAGCAAUCCUUUCAGCCGGUGUUGCCGAAUUGGCAUCGGCGUAUCCUGUCGCUGGGGCCCAGUACUACUGGGCAUUCUGUCUUUCAUCCAAAGAAUGGCGAGCCUUUGCGUCUUAUAUGAACGGCUGGCUAAGUAUUUUGGGAUGGUGGCUAGCCAGUGGUGCAGCCUGCAACUUCAUUGCAUCUUUAAUUUUGUCGAUCGUGGUUCUCUGGUACCCGGAUUAUGAGAUCCAGAACUGGCAACAAUGGCUUGUCUAUGCUGGCAUUGUGUGGCUCGCCGUCGCACUCAAUACAUGGGGUUCACAGCUGCUUCCUCUUUACAAUCGUUUCAACUUUAUCGUAGCAUGCGCUACUCUCACCACGACGACUAUCACACUCUUCGUCUGCAGUCGAAACAAUCACGCCGCUCCUAAGUGGACUUUCGGCGAUGCCACUAACGGGACUGGAUGGAAAAGUGAGGGAUUCGCCUUUUUAUUGGCAAUCAGCAAUGCCGUGUACGCAUUUCUUGGAACAGAUUGUGGGGCACACAUCUGCGAGGAAAUUCAUGAUCCAACCCGGAAUACACCCAAGGUCAUCUUAUACCCGGUCCUCAUGGGCCUAGUUACCGCGUUUCCCUUUGCUGCCGCUUGCAUGAACGCCAUCACCGAUAUCGAUGCAGUGCUGAACUCGCCGUCGGGUGUCCCUCUAAUUGAGAUUUACUACCAAAGUACCGGUUCCAAAGCAGCCUCGUCCGUCCUAUUGGCUUUGUUUGCAUUUUGCUUUUUCGGGUGUACCGUUGGGAAUGGUACCACAUGCUCUAGAACAAUCUGGGCUGUUUCGCGAGAUGAUAUGCUCCCAUUCAGUCGAGUUUGGGCAACUGUCAACACUCAAUUCCAAAUCCCACUAAAUGCACUUUGCCUAACUGGCACAGUUGUUUCUCUAUACGGCCUGAUUUUCCUUGGCUCGUCGACAGCCUUCUCUGCAAUGGUCGGCGCCGCCAUUAUUUUCCUUCAAACAUCCUGUGCUUUACCCCAGGCUAUUCUUCUAUGGCGUGGGCGUCAUAUCUUACCUGAAAGACCCUUCUCGCUCGGCCGAUUUGGGUUUGCCAUCAACCUUGUCUCUGUGCUAUGGGUCGUCCUCCUUGACAUUCUCUGUUUCUUCCCGGUUGAGAUGCCAGUGACCAAGGAGAACAUGAAUUAUGUGUCUGUUGUCUCGAUGGGUCUCACGUUCACUGUUUUUGUACUUUAUUUCUUUUCAAAGAAGGGCAAGUAUCUUGGGCCACGGAUGCCGAACGAAGAUCCAAGUCAGGCGACGUAUCAGGUAGAUGAAGGACAGGAAGUCAACACUGAUGCACAGGUGUAUUCUGAGGAGGAUAUGGCAAAGAAGAAGUAA